UAAUCAUGGGUGCUAUCACUUACGAUAUUGAGAUCCCUUCCUCCAUCUCGGCCGCAAAGAUUUUUAAGGCCGUGGUGCUCGAUGUUGACACCCUCGUCCCCAAGAUCAUGCCUCAAGCAAUCAAGAGCGUCGAGAUCUUGGAAGGAGAUGGUGGCAUUGGGACCAUCAAGCUUAUCCAUUUUGGCGAAGGGAGUCAAUAUAAGAGUGUGAAGCACCGCGUGGAUGCUAUCGAAAAGGAGAACUUGCCCCACAGUUACAACAUAAUUGAGGGCGAUGUUCUUGGAGGAGUUAUUGAAUUCGUUACUUAUCGUGUGAAUUGUUGGCUUUAG